ACAUUUAAUACGUUCACACUAAGAACUCUGCUAUUUGUUUGUUGAAAAUGGCCCAAAGGCAGAACAAUGAGGCAACCAACGGGACGACAACUCAAAUAAUUGACGAGGCGGAUGCCAAAACUCCAUCGGAGGCUGGUCGAACCACACCCACACUGCAACUGCGCCUGGAACAUCCGCGGGACGAACGCCGUGUAGUGUUCCAUGCCGGGGUCAUAGACAACGAGCAUUUGAAUCGCAAGAAGUCCAAAUGCUGCUGCAUUUACAAGAAGCCCCUGGCAUUCGACGAGAGUUCCUCGGAGGACGACGAGGACUGCGAGCACUGCUUUGGCCAUCCCGAGAAGCGUAGGAGGAACGCCAAGCACAGUCACGACCACGGGGAAACCCCAGGUCCGGACGCACCAUCGACAUCUGCUGCGAACCCUCCUCCGCCAGCCGAACCUGUAGAGCCUGUCGAAUCUCCGGACAAUGGGAAGAAACCAGCCGGAAGAAUUGACUUUGAACAAGCAGACAGCUCGUAGCGCGUACUCCAAUUUCAAUAUGUAUAAUUAUAACCGUUAACAACAGAA